AUGUUCUACGCUUUCUUGACCAAGGUAGCUGCCAAGCCGUUGGUGGUCGUCCGUCGUAUCAACUCGUGGAAUAGAAUAGAGCGUCUGAUGUUUGUCUCUGGGGUUUCUGGGGACGAUAGAGAAGACUCAAAUGAUGGGAUCAUUCCCGUCAUCGUCGCUUCCUCGCAACAUCUUCUUAACUCCGUAACACUCCAGAGCUCCAAAAGACCCUUCUUGUUCCGGGUCUUCUCCAUUGCGGACCACGACCACGGGCUGGGCGGCGCUCGGAAGGCCCGGGAUGGCUCACUGGUUGGUAGUAGAUUACACCCCCAUCAGCGGGUGCUUCAUGCGAACACGGCAAGCAUCCAGACGCGCGUCUCCGAGGACGACUCGGUACAGAGCGAUCCUGUGGAAUCCGAGCAAUGCCUUCGCAACGCCUUCGCUGUUCUGUCCUACCCUAGUUAUGGCUUCUCAGUUGCAGGGAACUGGGUGCAGCCGAUCGAUCACCAGGACGAAUGAGCUGUCAUAUGUCAACGGGCGACACUC